CCUCCGAAGUGGUCUGACGUCAGGCCUGUUGUAUGGGAGCAGCGUCUGUGGCAUAAGCAGCAUAGAGGCGGAGAGACUGUGAGGAACAGCCGGGGAGUUGAUCGCUGAGUCUGUGGUGGAUACGGAAACAAAUUCCUUGCGGCUCUCUAGUCUCUACUGCCUCGAAAUUGGAGCGGAUGGGAAGUUAAUGGUUGUGCAGCUCGCAGUGUUGGGGAAAAGCUUUCCGAGAAUUCAGCCUCCAGGUCAAGAAGCACGAGGUUCAUCCGGGCCUUCUGAGGAACAGCACGUGCAAUAUUCUGUAUAAGUGCUAUCAAGGUGGCGACAGACAAGGUUGCAGAAAAGUUGAGUUCUACUCUCUCAUGGGUGAAGAGUACAGUGUCAUAUACUGUCAGUCAAAUGGCAAGUCAGGUGGCGAGCCCAUCGGCCUCAUUACACACUACAUCCUCCUCGACUACUCUGUCCACUCCAGCGCUUUCACCAUCUUCCCCAGUCGAGCUGAGUCCAGAUGAAGUUGAGCUGCUGGCAAAAUUAGAAGAACAAAACAGGCUCCUGGAGAUAGACAGUAAAUCCUUACGCUCUGUUAAUGGAUCAAGAAGAAACAGCGGUUCCUCUUUGGUUUCAAGCUCUUCUGCCUCCAGCAAUCUCAGCCAUCAUCAGGAAGAAGAUUCAUGGUUGCUCUGGGGUCGGAUUGUUAAUGAAUGGGAGGAAGCAUACAAAAAAAAAGAAAAGCAAAUAAAGGAACUGGUUAGAAAAGGAAUACCUCACCACUUCAGAGCAAUAGUGUGGCAACUACUAUGCAAUGCUCAGGAUAUGCCUAUCAAAGAUCAGUAUUGCGAUCUUUUAAAGAUGACUUCACCUUGUGAAAAACUCAUUAGAAGGGACAUUGCCAGGACUUAUCCAGAACAUGACUUCUUUAAAGAAAAGGACAGCUUGGGACAAGAAGUUUUAUUUAAUGUUAUGAAGGCUUAUUCCUUGGUAGAUCGCGAAGUUGGCUACUGCCAAGGGAGUGCUUUUAUCGUUGGCCUUCUUCUUAUGCAGAUGCCAGAAGAGGAAGCUUUUUGUGUUUUUGUUAAAUUAAUGCAAGACUAUCGCCUUCGAGAACUCUUUAAACCCAGCAUGGCAGAACUAGGUCUGUGCAUGUAUCAGUUUGAGUGUAUGAUACAGGAGCAGCUGCCAGAAUUGUAUGUGCACUUUCAAGCUCAGAGCUUUCACACAUCUAUGUAUGCAUCGUCUUGGUUCCUCACUAUUUUCCUUACCAGUUUCCCACUACCCAUUGCUACAAGAAUAUUUGAUAUUUUUAUGUCUGAGGGGUUGGAGAUCGUAUUUCGUGCUGGACUCGCUGUUCUUCAGAUGAAUCAGACAGAGUUAAUGCAAUUAGAUAUGGAAGGCAUGUUACAGCACUUUCAAAAAGUCAUUCCACACCAGUUUGAUGGGGGACCUGAAAAAUUAAUCCAAGCUGCUUAUCAAGUCAAAUACAAUGCAAAAAAGAUGAAAAAGUUAGAAAAGGAGUACACUACAAUAAAAACAAAAGAGCUGGAAGAGCAAGUUGAAAUCAAAAGAUUGCGCACAGAGAACAGGUUACUGAAACAGCGAAUAGAAACACUGGAGAAAGAAAGUGCAUCCUUGGCAGAUAGAUUGAUCCAGGGACAAGUGACAAGGGCCCAGGAGGCAGAGGAAAACUACCUUAUAAAACGGGAGCUGGCCACCAUCAAACAGCAAAGUGAUGAGACCAGCACUAAGCUGGAGCAGGCUCAUCAUACCAUCAGCGAGCUCCAGCAUCAGCGGCAAUUGCAUAAAUGUAACCCUCGGUACAGUGAGGAAUUUGUGCUCCAGCUGGAAAAGGAGUUGGUCCACGCAAGGCUUAAAGAAGCAGAAUCCCACUGUGCAAUGAAGGAGAUGCAGGACAAGAUCCUGGAAAUUGAGAAGAGGAACACCUCUCUGCCUGAUGAGAACAACAUUGUGAGGCUCCAGGAGGAAUUGAUCGCUGUGAAGUUGCGGGAGGCGGAAGCAGUAAUGUCCCUUAAGGAGAUGAAGCAGCAAAUAAAGGAUUUGGAGGAGCACUGGCAGCGUCAUUUAGCACGCACUGCUGGCCGGUGGAAAGAUCCACCUAAGAAGAACACCGUGAAUGAGCUGCAGGAUGAGCUGAUGAAUGUCCGACUGAGAGAAGCAGAGAGGCAUGCUGAACUACGGGAGAUCAGGCAACGUAUGAUGGAGAUGGAAACACAGAAUCAAAUAAACAGCAACCAGCUCAGAAGAGCAGAACAAGAGGUCAGCAGCCUGCAGUCAAAGGUGCAGUACCUCACAGCCCAGAACAAAGGGCUACAAGCUCAACUGAGUGAAGCAAAGCGCAAACAGGCCGAGAUUGAAUGCAAGAACAAGGAGGAGGUGAUGGCCGUUCGGCUUCGAGAAGCAGACAGUAUUGCGGCUGUGGCUGAGCUUCAGCAACAUAUAGCAGAGCUCGAGAUUCAGAAAGAAGAAGGGAAAGUUCAAGGGCAACUGAAUAACUCGGACUCCAGCCAAUAUAUCCGAGAGUUAAAAGAUCAGAUUGCAGAGCUGAAACAUGAGAUAAAAUGCCUAAACAGCAAGAAGGGCCUCCCAGACCAACCCACUUUUGACGGGAUCCAUAUUGUCAACCAUAUCAUUGGUGAUGACGAGUCUUUCCAUUCCUCUGAUGAAGAAUACGUUGGGGGCACACUGCAGGAGGGAAAGGUUCAGUUUCAUCUGCACAAAAGACAUGACAAGAUGGCACUGGACCCUUCAGCUUCAGAAAGCAGUGACAGCGACACAGAGGUUCUUUCCAUUGUCACAGAUUCUAAUGGUAUGGUUCCAAAACAAACUGGGAAAAGGACAGAAUCUUAUUCCACUACUGUUUGAUCUUCACUGUGACUAUGCACCCAUCAAGCCCCAUGGAUUCCAUUGUCACUGCUACUAAUUCCUCUGUACAGAAUUCUUACAUGGCCUUUGGAUGUGGCUGAUCCAGCAUUUGUAUAGAACGUUUAACUGCCUUCAGGUUUUGCCAAAUCUUCCCAGUCUGCCAUACACGAGGCUGCGUCCUCACCACAUAUUUGUUGUUGCAGUAUUACCACAAUCGCUUCAAUGUUCGUCAUUUUAAACAAGGUGGAAAGGAAGAAAGAACUUGUGCAUUUGGUCACACCGGAGGAGAUCCUACAACUGUAACCGUCAACUCUGUGCAAUAUUUUAGGCCUGUCUGAACAAAUGUCAUGGGUUUUUAACAAUUGGUGAUGCUCAAUCAAGCUGGGUGUCGAAACCGUGGGUUCAACAUUUAAUCAGAAUGUUUGUGUUUUUAGGGACCCCCUUAACACUAAAAUCCACACUCCAAUAAUACAUGUGUGUAGCCCUAGAGCUAGGAAAGCUUGUGAAUGAGCCAGAGGGAUUGCUGGUCCUGUGCCUCUCCUGCCAGUAAUGUGUCAGAGAAGGGUAGAAAGCUUUGCAAUACCUGCCUCAAAUAUUUGGGUGGGUGUCGCUCACCUUCAGUCAUAUGUCCCUGUAAGUGUGGUGGCAGAUUAGUUGCCCAGCGACAAAUAUCUACUGCAGGCGACUAUUCACCCCUGAAAUGCCUUCCCAUCGGCAAAAAUGUGAAUCACUCACGGGAUGGCAUACAAAUCGCUUUGGAAAUGAGGAAAUUUCGGUUGACUACCAGAAACUAAGCAAUUCAUAUUUCAUCCUGCUGGCAUAUCGCAUUCUCGCCAGCGGCAAGGCAUAUCAGGGGAGAUUAGUAGCCCGCAGUAGAGAUUUGUCACUUGGCGACUAAUCUCCCGUCUGCCACCAAGGCAAUGGCAAACGGGGAGAUUAGUCGCUGAGUGACAAAUCUUCCCUACUUCGGGUGACUAAUCUCCCCAAAUGCUUUCCUGCCGGAAAGAAUACGAAUUGCCGGCAAGAUGGUAUACAUUUCUGAAUUUGCCUCACGAGGUGACUUUGGAAAUCCGAAGUGAUUCUGAAUGCCGUCCCGCCAGCAAUUCAUAUUCUUGCCGGUGGUAAGGCAUUUGGGGAGAAGAAGAGAAGUUUUGUUGCUGGACAACUAAUCUCCGUCUGCCACUACCCUAAGAGAAUGAAAAACUAUUUAAGGAGACAUUCUGUGAGUGUUGCUAAGGUGUCAUAGACAUGGAGGCUGAGAGGUAAACAAAUACAGUGAAUGGAUACUGAGCAGUAUGGGGAACGCUCCAGUCAUCUGCUCAACUUAAAGUGACAGUGAAGUCAAUGCUUGAUUUAUCUCUAACCAAUUUAAAUGGCCCGUGCCAGAUUUACAGUCUCUGGUCCAUUGGUGGUAGUGAUUUUAUGAUGGAGGGGGGGGGGCUAGGCUCUUGUAUAAUGGUUGCUGGGAGUAUCCACUGUGUGCCCCCAUUGCCAGCUCUGAACCAUUUGGAAACUCUAAUUCUAGACAUAGAGACAUUCUCUGAAUCGUUUUUAAAUCAUCAUUAUGGGUUAGUGUAACAAAUAGCUGAUCACUGUGCGUUGUCGCACUAUCGCAGUGUCAGGCUGCAGAAUCUCCGACACUCUCCAUAUUUUAUAGUGCACCUUUUGCUGGGAUUUUUUUUUUUUUAUUUGUUUUAUGUUUGAGUCUAAGUUACUAACUAAAAAGGUCAAUUCUUGUGUUGUGAUCAAUUUUGUACAUAAAUAUACAUAUCUUUCAUUGAGAAGGUGUACAUUACAAAUCUCUUUUUUUUUUUUUUUUAUUGCAAUGUAAAUGUUGAGAUAUAAUUGUAGAAACUGCAUCCUAACAGAAAAAGCAAUUAUGUGUUUUGUACAGAACGGCAUUAUGCACUCACUCGUGUUCCCAGAAUGCACCUGCCUGCAGAGCUGUGAUGCUGGCACACUGAUGGGAGUGAUAGUUGUACAACACCAGAGGGAGUGCUUAAAGAUGCAGCCCUGCAGCAGAAAUUGACUUCCAGCCAUAAAGCAAAACACUAACUGUUUCACUGUGAAAUAGAUUUUGAAUUUCCAUAACAAAUUCAUCACUUUAACAAAUGCUUGGGAGAAACACUAUUGAUGGAAAUCUUUUAACAUUAUAUAUAUUAUAUAUAUGUAACUAAAAUAAAUCUUUUUCAUGAAUUAAA